UAACAGAGGGACAACAAAAUGUACGGUGUGCAUACUCAAACGACCCUCAUAAAACGUUCUCUUUGGCCAACUUCAAAGAGAAUCUGUUUAUUCUGAGUCGAGCGACAAAAACUCGAAAUGAGUACGCUCGUGACCGUGCUUCGCCUCCCGAGAGGACCUGAUCCGAAUGGCCGCGGAUUCGACCCGAACGCAACCCGUUUCGUCGCGCUGUGUCCAACAACUAUUUCUGCUUCGAAUGAAACAUGGACUGACUCUGUCGAAGUGGGAGAAGAGCAGCGUGCACGGUCGGCUUUGAGAGAAAGCUUCCUGAGGACGCUCAUAGCCAUGACCAACAAGCAGGUGCAAUUCCACAUGUACGAGAGAGUCGAGGUUGAGGCGAAGUUUGGAGCGUCGGACAUUGACGUGCUCAACUUCCAAGUUUCGGAUCUACAGACCCCCAUUGGGGUGCAGAAAGAAGCUCUGCUCAGGUGCCAGGAUGUCAUUUCAUACUCCUUUGAUCUCUGAACAGUGCUGUUCACUUAUUUGUGCUGUUUUUGAGCAGAUAUCCAACAAACUGAAUCUGAUUUGUACUGUUAUUUCUAAUAUGAUUUGGUUUGACACACCGUGCGUUUUGGGGAGUCAAUGAUGACAGGUCCAUUGCUACACAGUGUUCUGUCUGGGUGAAUAUGUAGCAAGAUGUUACCGUUUAUUAUUCUGUUACUUUGAUUAAGAGGUAGACUUGCCAUUGCCAUAUGUUAUAUUUAUGUGGCCAGCCAGGUAUUGAGAACACUGCUAUACAGUAUGUCUAUGAUUUGUUUUGUAGUUUCCAAUUCAAUGUACCUCCACUGGAGGGAGAUGUCAGCACUGUCUUUACAACGGGUAUGUCCGGGGGCACCCAUACCACCAGGUUCUCUGACACUCAGCUGUCCAGUCCAUUUCAUUAGGAAGAGAUGGGGGAUAAACACAUGUCUUCAGGUGGAAUUUGGAUAUAAUUGUCUGGAAACCUGAAUCUUGCCAUUAUUUUGUGAUUACAGGACAAUGUGGUUCUUGUCUUCCUUUUCAUAAGAUCUGUUGCUGAGAUAUGUUUACCAAUGGGCAUAUGAACUUCAUAUUUUUUUUCUUAAAAAAAAAAAAAACUGACUAAACAUUCUGUCACUUGCAUUGAAUUUGAUAAUGUGUUAGUUAAGUAGGCUAUAUAUUGUAGAUAAAGUGGUGGUAGUAUCGAGCUUAUCGUAUUCCUCACUGAAUGAAAUAUUCACGUUCAGUGGUCACGUCGUCUUUCAGUGUCAUAUGGCUUUAAUUUUUUGUAAAUAUAUUUAGAUAAACCCUGAAAUACCUUUCAGUAUUGUGCCAGUCAGCACAGAUAUUGCAACCUCUGGUUUUCUAAAUUUAAUAUGACCUAGCCUAAAUGAUCUUGACUGCCCAAUCUUUAAGACUGCAAAUAUAAUAUUCACAAAUGAAUAAGAGAGUCUACAGUGAGCUAAACAAGUAUAAAUGACUGUUUACGGUCAAAUGUCCUUACAUACUUUGUGUAUGGGUUAAUAUGAUACCUUAGUUUACACGUUUGUCAGUUGAAACAGACCUGAUGAGUGGUCAGUAGUGGUCAGGAUUCAUCAUCCUCACAAAACGCCCUCAUGAUGAGGCAUCAGUAAUAUGUAAUCUUCCUAAAAGGUGCGUUUUUGUGUGCGUCUCCAGUAAAUCAUUUUAUUGGAAUGCAUUAGGCAAUCGGUGUGCAGUGCACAGUCUCCCUCUGUUGUGCCUGAAUGAUACCGACCGCUUUGUGGAGACGGUCAACAAUGAGAGGGUGAGUCAUAACCAUCCCGCCCCCCUCUAAAGUAUGAGUGAAAUCCUGUGACGUUAUUGGGCUCUUGUGAUUAAAUCAGGAAGCCCUCAAGGACGACCAAUGUUAAUUUCAUAUUCCCAGGCAGCAACAGCAGCGCUCAACUCCCUCACAGCCCGCACUCUCCUUGAUGUGCGUCCCAUUCAAGCUCAGUGAGGCACGUGGUCUGAAUGUUAAUCUUGUUGCAGUAGUGUAUCGACAAUAGAGUGAGACGUUACAUCUAGUUGCUGUGUGUUUACUGUCUAUGAGUGAGAAGAAGUUGAAUAGUCACUUUAUGAAAAUCCUAUUUUUGUGCUGUGGACUGAAUCUGGUGGGCUGCCUCAUUUGUUGCAUUGUGGGCACACUGUUUCUCAAUGUUAUCUACUCUUGAGUUUCUCUUUGUUGGCAGUCUGCUUCUCUGAUUCAAGUGGGAAAACAUCCCUGUGCGCAGGUGUAAGUGUGCGCCAGUGUUACAAGGGGAGAGGGGCUGUCACGAUGGUACAAGGAAUCUGCCCUGUCACACCAUCAGCCAACAGGAAGCACAUUACGCUCCUUCCUGUUUGUGGCCCUCUCACUUCCUGUCAAGUGUCUGUGAUAACUUACAAAAAUACAUUGCCACAUCCACUUAAUCAUACCCUGCCCAUAAUUUCCUACAUUAAAACUGUUGGGCAGUUACUUCUAAGGAA